AUGCUCUCAAUUAUCGAGCAUCUCGCGCAGUCUCUGGCCGACAGCAAUCAACGCGCUCCCUUCCUCCGGGAGAUUGAGCACAAUGUUGACACCAGCAGCUUUGUCAAGCCGCGCAAGGGCAAGAAGGCAUCCAACGCUGAGGGCGAAGAUGACUCUCCCGAGAAGAUCACUCCUCACACUGCAUGUGCCCGUUGCCAGCAUGUUCCCGCCGUCAACGAGCCAGCCUCGACUCUCCUCACCUGCGGUAACUGCAGAGUUGUCCAGUACUGCAGUACCAUCUGCCAGCUCCGAGACUGGAAGGCUCACAGGAGCAUCUACUGCGUGAACCCGAUCAACAUCCCGGUCGACGUCCUAGGAAAGCCUCACAAGGCACCCUUCCUGAUGACGACCCUCCCCAAUCCCUUCGCCCGCCUCUCCAAGGGCAUCUGGCUGCACGACCGCCACAAGCAGGACGUGUACGUCCUCCUCAUCGACUCCUUCCGGCUCCGAGAGUACGAUGACUACACGUUUGGGGGCACGAGCAACGCCGACAGCGUCUACAGCGGUCGGCCGAGCUCGUUGCCUGCGUUCCGCCGCUUCGUCUACGCAGCGGAAGCCAAGGGCCUGAUGCCCCCUUGGUGGACGGACCAGAAGCGCGUCGAGUGCCUGACCAAGGGCAUCGACCGGAGUGCCGACAACUGGCACGACCUUCAUACCAUGGCCCGGGACGUGGAUGUUGUCGUGGUGUACGAAGCUGCCAUCAUGGCGAUGCAGCUUCGUGUCUUUGCCGAGACGGUGAAGGGAAGCGGGCCCGCGGGG